AUGGCUUCAUAUAUGGGCUCGGGUACGGCGCGCCUGGUCACAUCCGCUGAGGCACGCGCUGCCGCCGGCGAAGCUCCAGCUACGAUCCGCAUCCGCAACCUCCAGUCCGUCGUCUGCGUCGGCACCGAUGCGUGGGGCCGGCAUGGCCGUACGCAGCCCAUCCUGGUCUCGGCCGAGGUCGGCCUCAAGCAGACGUUCGGUGCGGCUGCAAAUUCCGACAGCGUCUCGGCUGACACGGUCCACUACGGCACCCUCACCAAGGCGAUCCUGGGCUUCCUCGAAGAGAAGUGCGGACCAAAUGUGCCACCCAACCCGACAGCUGUGUGGACACUGAAGUGUGCCUUGGAGGGUCUCUGGGCCCGUCUCACGGGUCUGUGUAUCUUCGAAAUCCUUCUAGGCGGUUACCCCAACCGUUCCCAGCCGCCCGUUCUCAAUGCGACCCAGUUGAGGUCGCUGGCCAUUACUUUCCACCUGCCAAAGGCAUCGCUAGCCGGUGAUGGCGUGAGCCUCACAGCAAUGUGUGUGUAUGGGAAUCGUGCCGGGGUUUACAGUAUGAGCCUGUGUUUGCACAACCUACGACAGCGGACGCUCAUUGGCGUCAACCCCAACGAGAGACUGGCGAAGCAGGUUGUUGGCACGACGGUCGAGAUUGACAAGUAUACCUUGUUUGAAGACGAAUACACAACCCUGGAAAACUUGGUCGUUGAGACGAUAGAGCCAACCGCCUUUGAGACCCUGGAGGCACUGGCCACGCAUACGGCCAAGGCUGUCCUCGCGGGCUUCAAGGGCCCUACAGGUGCCGAUGCUUGGCGAGUCAAGAUCCAGAUGGAGAAGCCGACUGCCAUUACCUUCGCGGACUGCCCUGUCAUUGAGGUCGUUGCUGGUCCGGAAGAUCUUGCAUAA